UUUUCGAAAAUAUUUUCAAACUGAGUUUUGUUUCGAAAAUUAGUUUUUUAGUCGAAUUUCGAAAAUUAUUUUUUUGAGAGACUUUCGAAAAUUAGUUCGACCGGGCUGCAUCGCCGGCCUUUCUAAUGGGCCUACGGCCUGCUCUUCCUGAAGACUCCUCCUGCUCGUUUUUCGGGUGCUUCCGACCAGGCUGCAGUACCGGCAUUUCCAAUGGGCUUACUGCCUGUUCAGGCGGGCUACAAUGCUCGCUUUUACCAUGGGCCUGCUCUGCCUGCAGGCAACAACAUUGUUUUUUUUUUGAGAAACAACAUUGUUCUUUUGGCCCUCCUUCUGCUCGUUUUCGGUGACUUCUCGUUCUGGAACAACUCUUUUCUUCUUCUUUUCGUGGAACAACACAGGCCUCCGGCCCAGCAUUACCUUCCCCCAAACCCGUAUCAGAAAGCAAUCUAGGAAAAAAACAUACAUCAUCCUGUGCAUGAAACGUGAGAUCAUCUCCCAAAUCCUAGAAAAACAAAGUAAUGUCGACGACUCUACAGUCAACAAAGAGAUCGGGCGCCACGACCCGGGCGACCUGGGGCCUGGCUACGCCACUGAAAUGUGGGAUCAUCCCAAAUCCUAAAAAAAGAAAGACACACACGCGCACGCACACACCCACACCCCACACCGCGUCUCGCAGAACCCUAGGAAGGGCUAGAACCAUGGUGGCGUCGGCGACACGCGUUGCGGCGAAGCAGGCGGAGGAAGCGCUGCAGGCCGGGGAGGCAGGUGGCGCGGCGGGGGACUGGCAGGAGAGGCGGGCGGAGGAAGCGGUGAAGGCAGGAGGGGCAGGCGGCGGCCAGUCGCCGGCUGAUGCAUACUUCUACCCUGUGCGAGCUGCCAAGAAGGUGUCUCACACUUCUGCUAUAACCAUAGAUAUUAGUAGCAAGGUAAUUGACAUUUCAAAAUUACUUUGGCACAAAGUAUCUGUCAAUCUAAGGCACAUCAGAUGUUCACAUCUUGGUAUGCACUAUUACUAAUGCACCUAGAAAUCAUAAAUAUCGAUAUCUUGUUUGCAUAUAUGUUCUCCACUUAAAUCAUUUGGUGGUUGAGGCAAUGCCUACUACUUUAUCACUGUCCUACGUCUUUGUAACCAAACAGCUAUAAUGGCUUAACAAGUAAAGAGCGAAUAACAUGUUCAUGCAUUAUAGAUUUUGCUAUUUCAAUAAAGAUUUUAUUUUGCUAUUUCAGAGAUCUUCACGCAUUGUUGAUGUUGUGGCUUUUGUUUAC